AUGCCGAGGUCUUUAGGUUUGUCGAGUUGUAGUGGAGGAGCAGCCUUGUCAUACUUACGUAUUGAGGGCAACAAAUUUAAUGGCAUUAUUCCAUAUAAUUUGGGUCAAUUUUCUGGAAUGUACAGGUUGGACCUCUUCUCCAACUCACUAGAAGGCGACAUCACUGAAGUACACUUUUCCCAGCUCCUUCAACUUGGAAAUUUUGGACAUAUCUUUACAGCUCCUUCAAAUUGGCUUCCCCUUUUUAUUGCUUCAUUUAUUGACAUGAGUUUCUGUCAUAUAGGAACUAGAUUUCCUACUUGGAUUCGAACCCAAACUUAUUUGAGAAGCUUUCAACUAUCUGGAGUUGGACUCGCGGGCAAAGUUCCAGCUUGGUUCUCGGAUAUGUCUACAGGUAUACAAUAUCUUAGCUCGUCCGACAAUCAUUUGACAGGAAAUAUUCCUCGUAGCUUUUCUACUCUCAACUUCCUGAGCCACUCGAGUCUCAUCUUACAACAACUUGUCAGAAGCAUUCCAACAAGCAAUCAAUUGUCCACGUUAAAUGACCCCUCAAUCCAUGUUGGCAACAAAGACCUUUGUGGUACACCACUGCCUGUGUGCCCUGGAGAUGUUGCUUAUCGAAGCCCACCUCCUGCAGCAAUUGAAGAAGAAGAAGACAGUGAUGGCGAGUUUGAAGGAGUCUAA